AUGGGAAUUAAAUUCCUAGAGAAUAUUCCGGGGACGUUCUCAUAUCACUGCGUCACUUGCGGUGUAUUCUUAUCGCCGGUCGAAGAAGUUUUAUCCGACAAUUUCACCGGAGUUACUGGUCCCGCAAUGUUGUUCAAAUCAGCUAAAAACCUUCGUUACGGUGCGUGCGACAAGCGCGAAAUGCUCACCGGGCUCCACUAUGUGCGCGACAUCUUCUGUUUGAAUUGUGAUGUGAAGCUUGGAUGGAUGUACGAGAUGGCACUCGUCGACACUGAGCGUUAUAAGGAAGGGGCGGUGAUUCUCGAAAAGAAGCUGAUCUGUAAGCAUGACGACCACAAUUGCACCAUAAAACAAGAGGAAGAUGAUGAUGACGGAAGGGACCCUCGGGUGCGCAAUCGUCAACAUCGAUUCCUACCAGAGCAUAUGGUGUUUCGACAGGCUCCGCAGAUUCGACUGCCUCGCGCCAAUGUCGACGAUCCAGAGAGAGUUCGUGAGCAUAUGAAUGAGGCUCGUGUUCGCGAGCACGAAGCGAUGAUGAAUCUACACGAUAUGCGACCAGAAAGAGACGAAAUGAUCAUUGAGGAGAUGCAUGAGCAUCCAGCCAUUGAUUUCAAUGAUAAUCGCGGAGACGCAGAGUUUGCUUUACGCGACGAGUACGCGCCAUUGGUGCUUUUGGCUGUGCAGCGGGAUGCUGAAGCAAUGCGCAGGGUAAUGGGGCGUACCAACGAAUACAUUCGGACAAUGCAACGACAGGAGGAUUAUGCGGCUGCAAUGCGUGAAUCGCGGCGCGGUCUUGACUUUGAUGAAGACGAGGAGCCUUGGUAG